GCUGCUUGCUGCAACACGCUUGUGCGCGCUGCUGUGGAACUCUGCUCUGUAGUUUGGAGUCGCUUUUGACCAUUUGUUUUCCUCCAGCCUCAAGUCGCAUUUUAAAUGGACGGAGCUCGACGGACUCUGCAUGCUGUCGGCGGCUUAAAUCAAAGCAUGCCCGACUUCAAAAUGCGGACUGACUAGCGUUACGUAUUCCCGAAAGCUGCCGUUAGCAUGAGCUUUACGUGGCUUUAUGAGAGUAAGCGCAGAAGAUAGCUAAUGUUAGUUUGUUUGGCUAACGUUGAGUUAACCGUGUAGGACUGCAGUCGAGUACCAACUAACUUAAUGGCGCUAGACAGUUAACGCGAGCGAAAUUUAUUUUGGUUUGCCUGAAGUGAAUCAGUUUAGAUGAGUUAGUCAGCAGCAGAUGCUAGUGAGAACGUUAGUUCAUUUGCUGGAUUAACGUCAGCCAUUAGGAGUGGGUCUGUCCAGGGUUCAUCUGGUUGUUUGAUGGGGCUUUUAAGGACCAUGAUGCCGCACAAGUUGCAGCUUGUGGCUGUUUUGGCAUUUGGAGUGGCGAUGCUGUUUAUUGAGAACCAGAUCCAGAUACUGGAGGAGUCUAGAGCCAAACUCGAACGUACCAUUGCCAGACACGAGUUGGCUGAAGUAGAGCAGCGUCAGAGUGAAGAUGCUGGUCGGGGAUUGUCACCACUGGCAGAAAAAGAUGACAUGGUCAUCAUCUACAACAGAGUGCCCAAGACGGCCAGCACAUCCUUCACUAACAUCGCCUACGACCUGUGUGGGAAGAACCGCUUCCACGUCCUGCACAUCAACACAACCAAAAACAAUCCCGUCAUGUCUUUACAAGACCAGGUGCGCUUUGUCAGGAAUGUCACCUCAUGGAGAGAGAUGAAGCCCGGCUUCUACCAUGGCCAUGUAGCUUAUCUGGACUUCUCAAAGUAUGGGGCGAAGAGGAAGCCGAUGUACAUAAAUGUGGUGAGGGACCCCAUUGAGCGCCUGGUGUCAUACUACUACUUCUUACGUUUUGGAGACGACUACAGACCUGGUCUUCGACGAAGGAAACAAGGGGACAAAAAGACCUUUGAUGAGUGUGUGUCGUCAGCGGGGUCUGACUGUGCUCCUGAGAAACUCUGGCUGCAGAUCCCCUUCUUCUGCGGCCACCACUCCGAGUGCUGGAACGUAGGCAGUAGUUGGGCCCUGGAACAGGCCAAGUACAACCUGCUGAAUGAGUACCUGCUGGUUGGAGUAACUGAGGAGCUGGAGGACUUCAUCAUGAUCCUGGAGGCAGCACUGCCACGCUUCUUCAAGGGAGCCACAGAGCUUUUCAGAACAGGAAAGAAGUCCCAUCUGCGAAAGACCACCGAAAAGAAGCCUCCAACCAAAGAGACAAUAGCCAAGCUGCAGCAGUCUGACAUCUGGAAAAUCGAAAAUGAGUUUUACGAGUUUGCACUGGAACAGUUUCAGUUUGUGCGUGCCCACGCAGUCAGGGAAAAGGAUGGAGAACUUUAUGUCCUGGCUCAGAGCUUCUUCUAUGAAAAGAUCUACCCCAAAGUGAGCUAGAGAUGUAGCCAAGAGUGACUAGGGCUGCACAGGGACUUUACAAGGCCUCAAUUGGAAGUCAUUUACACUGAGACGCACACGUUCAUUGAGUGAUGCUGGUGAAAGCUCAAGUGCUUUUUCUGGGAUUUAGAUUUUGACACUGUUGCAGUUACAGAAAAUCCCUUUCAGGCAGUACAGUGGAAUUUCUACAAGGAAUGUGUGUUUGCUGGUGCAGCUGUUGAGAAAACCUAACAUGGAUGAACAGUCAAGUCUGAACGGUGAGAAAGAAUCCGAGCCCAGAGCUGGGUGAAAUAGUUACUGAAUGUGAUGCAUCAAAACCCAAACACAAGCAGCCUUUGAUUUAUGACGUUCUGGUUUGUUUUUUUUGGGGGGGGGGGGGGGCAAGUUCGACAAGUUUAAAACCUUAUUAAAAAGAGUUUUUCUGUCCCCUGACACAUUUGAAAAUGAAAUGAGCUCAGACAGCUUGUUAAGCUCCGCGUUGCAUUACUUUCUUUUUUUUUUCCCAUACUACGUUUUAGCUGCACAAACUCUUUUUUAAAAACUGAUAAAACUGUUACAAACACACAAAUCUCGAGCUGCAUCUGUACAUACUGUAAUAACAUGCCCUGAACAUGUUUUUGGACCAAACAGUAGAAAAAGAUUGGACCAUUGCAUCAUUGGUGCGUGACUAACAAAUGUUUUUAUGUUAUGUUUUUUUUUUUAUCCCACUGAGAUGUUCUCAAUGUUUACACUUUUUUUUUAAUUUUUUUAGAAUUCUACCACAGACAUAGUGACGUGCGUGUGAUUAUGUGAAAAAGAACAGAAAGUUUUGACUUCAGGGAUCACCAGAGCUUUGACUUGGUCGCAGAGUCAUUUCCAGCAGAAAGAGAAUGGGCCAGAGGUCAAACUGAUAGUGCCUUUAUUACAAAGUUCAUUUCCCUGUGAUCCCACAGUCAUGUUUCCUCUUUUUUUACGUGUAAUCUUUAUGAACUGCAGAUCCUGUUUCUCAUCUGUUUCACACUUACCCCAUUAACAGCCUAAGCAUAAACAAGUAACCGCAAA